ACAGUCAAAAGUGAGGUUACGUUGAGUCGGCGUGUUCAACUUAAAAACCCAUUAUCCUGUUAUUCCUUAAUUGAACCAUUAACGUGCCGCCUCUGCCCACCUCAUCAACUCGUGCCCCAACAAUGCCAUCUGAAGACAUUCCGACCCACAGAUAACCCCUCUUAUCGCAAUUUCCCUCAUUAAGUAACGCAAAGUGCCUUCCACGUCAGUAGUGCCUUAGUACCCAACCAUGGUGGCCACCGACUCGUCCAUCACCCGCUUUUACCUGCAACCAGGUUGCACCCCUGCAAAGAAAACCGAAAUCCUGCUCAAGCUUCAACAGAAAAGCCCCAAACUAUUGAACAUCGAGACCGAGUUGUGCUACCACGUGGAAACCACGUCGCCGUUAUCGGAGAAAGAGAUAAGCUUGCUCAAAUGGGUACUGCAAGACCCGUUCCAUCCAGACAGACUGUCACGAGAGAAGCACUUAUCGGAGGAAAAUUCCAGCCACGUGGUGGUCGAAGUGGGGCCAAGGUUCAACUUCUCGACGUCCAAUUCCACCAAUGCCGUGUCGAUUUGCCAGAAUUUGGGGCUGGGGCAGGUGGUCAGGCUUGAGGUAUCACGCAGGUAUAAGCUGAUUUUUAAUGAGGGGGUUAAUGCGUCGAAAGAUGAAGUGGACGAAGCGGCGGCGGUGUUGUAUGAUAGGAUGACGGAGUGCAGGUACACUCCAGAGAAUAUUCCGAGGAAGAGUUUUAACGAAAAGUUGGUGAAGAAGGAGGAUAUUAGGGAGAUAAAUGUGUUGAAAAAGGGAGAAGAGGCGAUUAAGGAGAUUGAUAGGGAGAUGGGGUUGGCGUUUGAUCAGGCUGACUUGAAAUACUACACGAAUUUGUUUCAAAAAGUAUUGAAAAGAAACCCGACGAAUGUUGAGUUGUUUGACAUGGCGCAGUCCAACAGUGAACAUAGUAGGCAUUGGUUUUUUAAAGGAAAAAUGGUUAUUGAUGGGGUGGAACAUGAAGAAUCUCUAAUUGAUAUGAUUGUGGACACCCAGAAGCACACAAAUCCAAAUAAUGUUAUCAAGUUUAGUGAUAACAGCAGUGCCAUGAAGGGUUACAUCCACCGCAGCCUCAGACCCAUCACUGCCGGUUCCAUGAGCGAACUACGUGAAGUAAACACCGAAUCUCACUUGAUUUUCUCCGCGGAAACCCACAACUUCCCUACCGGCGUAGCACCAUUUAGUGGCGCCACCACUGGGACUGGUGGCAGAAUCAGAGACGUCCAGAGUGUAGGCAGAGGCGGUUACUGCAUUGCCGGCACUGCUGGUUACUCAGUCGGUAACUUAAACAUUCCAGGAUAUAGUCUCCCUUGGGAGGACUCCUCUUUGGAGUACCCAACCAACUUCGCACCCCCAUUGGAGGUUCUAGUAGAAGCCAGCAACGGCGCCUCCGACUAUGGUAACAAAUUCGGGGAACCCCUCAUCUCCGGUUUUGCCCGAUCUUUCGGUCUGGUGGACUCGGAAGGUGAGCGCAAGGAGUGGAUCAAACCCAUCAUGUUCAGCGGGGGGAUUGGAAGCAUGGAGGCCACCAUGACCGAGAAACUACCACCAAAACCAGGCCACAACAUCGUCAAAAUAGGAGGGCCGGUGUACAGGAUUGGAGUAGGAGGAGGGUCGGCGAGCUCCGUGGAGGUCCAAGGGGAUAAUAAGGCCGAACUGGACUUCAACGCAGUUCAGAGAGGUGAUGCUGAGAUGGAGCAAAAGCUCAACAGAGUGGUCCGCGCUUGUCUGGAAUUGGGUAAAGAAAACCCCAUUGUAAGCAUCCACGACCAGGGAGCGGGAGGAAAUGGGAACGUUCUCAAGGAACUGGUCGAUCCCGUGGGGGGAAUUAUUUACGCGAAUAAAUUCGAACUGGGAGACCCCACUAUCAACGUCCUCGAAUUAUGGGGUGCCGAAUAUCAAGAAAACAAUGCCCUUCUGUGUGAUAAAGCCGACUUGGAAAUACUGAAAAAUAUAUGUAGGAGAGAAAGGUGCCCUAUUAAUGUUGUAGGGGAAGUCACGGGAACCGGGAAAGUCGUUUUAGCUCUAGACGAAACUAAGAAGGUUUUACCAUUUAACUUGGAACUUACACAUGUAUUAGGAAAAAUGCCACGGAAAGUAUUCAAAUUGGAGCGAAAAAGUCCUCUUUUGAAGGAACUCCAAUUGCCGGAUGCUCUCUCCAUCUAUAGUACCUUGGAACGUGUUUUGCGACUGCCAUCUGUCGCCAGUAAGCGCUACUUAACUAAUAAAGUCGAUCGGUGCGUCACUGGACUAAUCGCUCAGCAGCAGUGUGUGGGACCUUUACACACACCUUUAGCGGACGUAGCCGUUACCGCUAUCUCGCACUUUGGGUAUGAAGGCGUGGCUUCGUCCAUCGGCGAGCAGCCAAUCAAAGGCCUCGUGAAUACCGCAGCCGGAGCGCGCAUGACCGUCGCCGAGGCCCUCUCCAACCUCGUCUUCGCCCUAAUCUCAAACAUCAAAGACGUCAAAUGCAGCGGCAACUGGAUGUGGGCCGCUAAACUCCCCGGCGAAGGUGCCGCCCUCUUCGACGCUUGUAAAGCCAUGUGCGACAUCAUGUCGCAGCUGGGAAUCGCCAUAGACGGCGGCAAGGACUCCCUCAGUAUGGCGGCCCGUGUAGGAAAAGACACCGUCAAGGCUCCAGGAACUUUGGUAGUGUCCACGUACGCUCCCUGCCCCGACGUCCGAAAAGUAGUAACCCCGGAUUUGAAAGUCCCAGCGACUGGUAAAACCGGCCAGUUGUUGUUCGUGGAUUUGUCGAACGGCCAGAGCAGGUUGGGUGGUACAGCGGUGGCCCAAGUUUUCGGUCAAUUAGGCAAAGAAUGUCCAGAUGUGGAAAACGUGGAGGAGUUGAAAAACGCGUUCGUGGCCACGCAGGAGUUGAUCAGAGAUGGCGCGGUACAAGCAGGGCACGACGUGAGCGACGGAGGGCUGAUUGUGUGUCUUCUGGAGAUGUGUUUCGCUGGAAUAAGCGGGAUUGAGGUGCAGAUUGUACAUAGACAGGGACAAACUAUCCCGAUUUUGUUCUCUGAAGAGGUGGGGUGGGUGCUGGAGGUGGCGGAGAGCGACGUGAGGCAUUGUCUUGACGUGUUCAAAAAACACAAAGUUCCUGUGUACAAGAUUGGUAAGAGUGUGGGGUGUGGUAUUGACUCAAAAAUCACUAUAAAUGUUAACAACGCAUGCAUCGAGAGUACCGUGUUGCCACUUAUGCGCAUGUGGGAAGAGACGAGUUACAAGUUGGAGUUGCACCAAACUAUUAAGACCUGCGCAGACUCCGAAUUUAAUUCAUUGACGUCACGGGCACACCCUAAGUACCGACUAUCCUUCGAUCCCGAUAUAGAUUCAGCUAUCAAGGGUCCAGUGCACGUCAAAGUGGCCGUUCUACGCGAAGAAGGUACCAAUGGUGACAGAGAAAUGGCAGCUGCUUUAGUCAGAGCCGGUUUCAAAGUCUGGGACAUAACAAUGCAAGACCUUCUAUCCGGGAACGCAGUUCUGGAUCAAUUCAGAGGGAUUAUCUUCCCGGGUGGUUUCAGCUACGCCGAUGUUUUGGGUUCGGCGAAAGGCUGGGCCGGCAGCAUCCUCUUCAACAAAACCAUCAAGGAUCAGUUCGACCGUUUCUACUCCCGUCCGGACACCUUCAGUCUCGGUGUAUGCAACGGUUGCCAACUUAUGGCGAUGAUCGGUUGGGUGGGAGAGCUCAAUUCCGACAAUACCGCCAACAUCGUGCUCGAGCACAACGUUUCGGAACGUUUCGAAUGCAGAUGGAGCACCGUCAGGAUCGAAAAAUCCAACGCCAUUAUGCUGAAAGACAUGGAAGAUUCGGUGUUCGGAGUCUGGGUCGCGCAUGCCGAAGGCAAAUUUACGUUUAAGAAUUCGUCGGUGUAUGAAGAUCUGAAUAAAAAUAAGUGCGUGGGGUUGAGAUACACUGACGAUAAUGGAAAUCCGACGGAAAUCUAUCCCAUGAACCCGAAUGGUAGCAUUGGGGGGAUUGCCGGGAUUUGUUCCGUUGAUGGUAGGCAUUUGGCGAUGAUGCCCCAUCCGGAACGCUGCGACCAACCGUAUUUGUGGCCAUACGUCCCAACGGAUUGGCAGCACUACCAGAAGAGCCCGUGGCAGAAGAUGUUCAAGAACGCGUUCGAUUGGUGCUGUAACGUUAAGUUCUUCCCCGUGUACUAUUAGCUUUUGCAUUCCAAUAUAUUUUAUUUUUGUAUUUUUAAUAAACUUGAUGAAACCUGAAACAAA